ACACACACACACACACACACACAUAUAUGCUUAAUUUUUGCAUGUGUGUCAAUGUUAAUGGAAAAAUAAAAUUUAUGCUUCCUUUUUUCAUUUUUCUGUCAGUUUGCAAAAAUAUACUUUACUUAUUCUAAGUGCUUCUAAGUAUUCUAAAAUAUAAAUAUACCACAGAUUUUUAAGUUCAGUAUUACUUUACUGAUGGGCAUUUUGAAUGUUUCAAUAUUUAUUCUUUUACAGGAACUUUUACAAUGAAAAUUACUGUAUAUACUUCCACAUGUAUAUAUGAACAUUGUCCACUGAGAUGGCACGUAGUUAAAUUGGUCUGUCCAAAACUUUGUUUUUAAUAAGAAUGAUCACUAUACAAUUUUCCACUAAGAGCAGGUUCAAUUUUCUCCAAUCAAUUGGGCAUAAGGAUCACUCUUUAGCCCAAACCUCACUAAUGCUUGUUUUCAUCAUUCCUGAAAUUCUGUUGGUUAAGAAAUCCAAUUCAUUUCCUGACACAUUGUUAUCAGCCCCACUCUGGCCAUCAUGCUGAAUGAGUUCCAUGUCAGUGUGAAUGAACUUCCUCCUGGUCCUUCCAAAGAAAGUCACACAUCCUCCCAAAUUUUGGGAUUCCCUUCUCAAAGCUAUGCACUAUCACUUGGCAUCUUGGCAUGAACUAAUAUGACUAAAAUCUAAAAGAAAAGGUAUAUUUUCUAUUUAAAACUUCCUAUCAUCCCUCCUGCCUUUCUAACCUGUGUCUUACAACUGUUUCUAAGUCCUCCAAACCCGUGACUCUUACACAUUUUUCCCCACAUGAUUCUACAUAUACAUUUACAAAUACAUGUAUCGUAAUGAAAGAAGAAGUUAAUUGAAGGAGCCAUUACAUACAGUGUGGUUUUGAUGAAUUAAUCAUACAGAAAUUCCACUAAGCAUCUAAACUUAUUUUUAUUUAUGUUUUUAUUUAAAUUCCAGUUAGUUAGCACACAGUAUAAUAUGGGUGUUAUAUGUAAGUACUGAAUCACUUAUCACAAUAUACCUGGGACUCUUACAUAUUUUUUAGCAUAUUACUUUUUACAUAUUACUUUCUUCUCAGUGUGUAAAAGAUUUUGGAUUUUCACACAUUAAGCUCCAAUUUUUGGUGCCUAGAUAUUUUCCCUCAUAUAGCAUCCAUAGAUCAGCCACAUUGUAAUUACAACUGUGAAAUAAUAUCUGAUAAUCAGAUAUGAUGAUGAAAUAAUUCAUAAAUAUUUACAGACAUUGGAAUUAUUUUAUGACCUGCAAUUCCCUGCAUUUUGGUUUACUUAGAUCAUCAAAGGUUUCAAAAUUUGCAAGCUAUUAUUUUUGUUUGUUGUAGAGGAAAAUACACCAAGAGAAAGCUAAAACAUCAGGCACUUGUUAUGUCAGCAUACAAUAAGACUGAUGUCCAUCCAUCAACCUUCAUCCUCAUUGGCAUUCCUGGGUUGGAGGCUGCCCACAUCUGGAUCUCCAUCCCCUUUUGUGUGGUAUACCUUUUGGCCCUCCUGGGAAACUGCUCUCUUCUGUUUAUCAUUAAGACAGACCCCAGCCUCCAUGAGCCAAUGUACCUCUUCCUCUGCAUGCUGGCUGUGGCUGAUCUGGUUGUGUGUAGUACAGCUAUACCAAAACUUCUUAGCCUUUUCUGGUUCCAUGAUGGAGAGAUUCGCUUUGAAGCCUGCCUCACUCAAGUGUUCCUGAUUCACUCUUGCUCUACCAUGGAAUCUGGCUUCUUUCUGGCCAUGGCUUUUGACCGUUAUGUAGCCAUUUGUAACCCAUUAAGACAUUCAGCUAUUCUGACACAUGCUGUAAUUGGGGGGAUGGGUCUAGCUAUAGUACUCCGGGGCACAGCACUUCUCAGUCCUCACCCCUUCCUGCUACGUUGGCUUCCCUACUGCAGAACCAAUAUCAUUUCCCACACCUACUGUGAGUUCAUGGCCCUCAUCAAGAUUGCCUGUGCUGAGACAAGAAUCCGUAGAGCCUACAGCCUCAUCGUUGCCUUCCUUACUGGUGGCCUGGACUUCAUAUUGAUCAUUUGUUCUUAUGUUCUCAUACUGCACACUGUCUUCCACCUCCCAUCCAAGGAUGCCCGAUUCAAGACCUUGGGUACCUGUGGCUCCCAUAUCUGUGUCAUCUUAGUGUCUUAUACUCCAGCCUUCUUCUCUUUCCUUACCCACAGGUUUGGGCACCAUGUGGCUCCCCAUGUCCACAUAUUUGUGGCCAACAUCUAUCUUCUGGUCCCACCCAUGGUGAACCCUAUUAUCUACGGGGUAAGGACCAAGAAGAUACGGGACAGGUUUCUUAAAUUUUUCACUUUUUCAAAGCCUGUGAAAUAAGUCUUUUGUGUUGAUGAGUAAUAUAUGAACAAAUGUUAUAUUAUCUAUCUUAGAAUGUGUGAUUUCUUUUUUUAAAAUUUUUUAAUGUUUAUUUAUUUUUGAGAGAGAGAGACAGAGUGUGAGUGGGGGAGGA